AGCCAACACAGCAGCCAGAUCUUGAAGCGCAAGAACCGGUUGAAUGACUUGUUGUCGACAUCGCAGGAAGAGGUGAAGCGGCGGCCCCGCAACUCGUUCGAGGAGGACGAGGGGUUCGUUUACAAACGAAGCCAGGAGAACGGCACCACCAAGAAGAAGAAACAGAUAAGCACCCCCAUUGCCCAGUUGAACGAGGAGAUAGGCAAUAUUACUAGGGACGCGGAAGAUGAUGCCGACCUCCGGUUGUUGGACGUGCCGGUACGAAAGAAGCGAGGUAGGCCGCCCAAGGCCAAGCCCCACAACUUCUUGGACGAGUCCAGCUUGCAGUUGUCGUCGCCCAUCAAAAUCGACGAGCCCCAGGAGUAUGUGGAACAGGUUUCACAUCACAAGCUCACGUUGACCGAUACCGACGCGAUCGUGCCUCGCCAGGCUCGGGGCGACGGGCCUGGAGCCAGACGGUCGUCGUACUACAACCGUGGCAAGCGAGUGUCGUCCAUCGGAAACGGGUUCAACGGCGAGCCCCACCGCGAUGUGUCGGUGUCGGACUAUUACAAGUUGUUGGAUACCUCGUUGCCUGAACCUGACCGAAUGAGGCAGUUGCUAGUGUGGUGCUUGAAGAAGAAAUUGGAGCAGGAGGACCGCGAGGUCAAGCAGACCAGCGCCGAGGACCAGACGGUGGUCAAUAUCGCCAAGGUCAUCAAGGAGGAGGUUUUGCGCGACCUCAUGGACAAGCAGAUCUCCACCAGUUGGUACACCCAGGUGGCCCACCAGGAACCAGAAGGGAAAGAGGUGACGGUGCCGAACCCGCUCAAUGUGACCAACACCGAAAACAUCGAGGUGUACACGCACAAGCUCCGCAGCAUGGCCCAGGAGAAGCAACAAUGGCAACACGCCUAUGACGAGUCGGUGAGCACGAUCUCCAAGCUCACGUUGGCGGAUUCCCACGAUGCGGAAUCCGAAUUAAAGGAUUAUCUCGACCACAAACAGAACCCGUACCCCGCUAUUGUUGACGAUGCGUUAGUCACCAGGAUGACUAGUGAGUGUGCCCACAUCCAGAAUGAGGUGACGGCACGGCUCGAACCGUCAGUGGAUCAGCUCUACCACACCACCUACCAGUUGCACCGCACCUCGCAGUUGGUGGAGGACCUCGAGACCUCGCGGUUUCUGGCCAAGCUUGCCGUUCUUUUGCGGAGCUACAUGACAAGG